ACAGAUUACAACAAUAAUUUCAGUGGAACCAGUAUUCGCCCCAGUCGCUAUUCCCGGCUUUAAACAUAAUUACACAGACGCAGAGGGCAUGUGCUGCCGCUCAUGUUACCUUUGGUAGAUAGACUACAGCUGGGCGGUCCUUUGACGACAUGAGGCUACAAAGUCACUAGAGAACAAAGUUUGAAAUGAGUCCCUGCAAAACAAACCUGUACAACACAAACUGAGCGCGCGACCAAUAAUGGAUUCAGCCAAGCGGGAUGAACACAUGAGCGAGCACGCCGCCAACCUACUGGGGACAGGACAACGGUCAAAACGGACACAAAACGCCACAAAAACAAAGUCAAGAUAUGUGAAAAUCCUCUUUGCGAUCCUUCUGCUCGCCUUGCUGGCUUUAAUUCUCACAGUCAUAUUUAUACUGAAACUUCGCUGCAGUGAUAAAGUUACUGAUAGCUGUAAAAAUCGCUGCAUAUCCAAAAGUCGUGAUGCUAAUGCAGCUUGCUACUGUGAUGCUGCAUGUGUAAAUGAAAGCAGCUGCUGUCAGGACUACAAGGAAGUGUGUGUGGAACCAAGUCAACGCUGGACAUGUUCUAAAUUCCGCUGCGGUGAGGAGCGCUUGGUGAACAGCCUCUGCUCCUGUUCUGCCGACUGUGUGAAAGUGGGUGACUGCUGCUUUAACUACAAGAGCACAUGUGAAGGUGCAAAAACUUGGCUUGAAGAGGACUGUGAGGACAUCAGGACUCCUCAAUGUCCUACUGGGUUUUCUAAACCGCCACUGCUGCUGGUGUCUCUGGAUGGAUUCAGGGCAGGAUACAUGAAAGCGUACAGCAGCCUGCUUCCUGUCAUCAGCAAACUCAGGAAAUGUGGAACCUCCACGCCAUAUAUGCGACCUGCUUAUCCCACCAAGACCUUCCCAAAUCAUUACACCAUAGUGACAGGUCUAUAUCCAGAGUCACAUGGAAUUGUGGACAAUAAGAUGUAUGAUGUCACUCGCAAUGCCUCUUUCAGUUUGAAAGUUGAUGAGAAAUUCAACCCCUCAUGGUACCUGGGUGAACCAGUUUGGCUCACAGCCAUGAGAAACAAACUAAAAACGGCAACUUGCUUCUGGCCUGGAUCCGAUGUGAAAGUCAAUGGACAAUACCCAAAUUUCUGGAUGAAGUAUAAGAGGGAAAUUCCUUUUGAAAAGAGGAUUGCACAAAUCUUUGAAUGGUUGCAUUUACCCAAAGGAGAAAGGCCAGACUUUUACACCUUAUACUUUGAAGAGCCUGAUGCUUCCGGUCAUAAAUAUGGACCAAUGAGUAGCCAGGUAAUUGAGGCUUUACUGAAUGUUGACAGACUUAUUGGCUUGUUGAUGAACGGUCUCAAGGAAAGACAGUUGCACAAAUGUGUCAACCUGGUUCUGGUCUCUGACCACGGGAUGGAAGAAGCGUCAUGUAAGAAAGCUGCGUAUGUCUCCGAUUAUCUGGAUAACAUUGAUGACAUCACUGUCAUCCAGGGCCCUGCAGCGAGAGUCCGGCCCAGACGUGUGCCUGAUGAGUUCUUCUCCUUUGAUUAUGAAGGUCUGGUGAAGAACCUUUCGUGCAGAGAUCCUGAUCAGCCAAUGAGACCGUAUCUGAAAGAGCACCUCCCCAAACGGCUUCACUUUGCAAAUAGCAUCCGUAUAGAAAGAGCACAUCUCUACAUGCAGCCGCAGUGGCAAGCAGCACUCAAACCGAGUGAAAUUAAAUACUGCACUGGUGGCUUCCAUGGUUCAGAUAAUGUCUUCAAGAGUAUGCAGGCCAUUUUUAUCGGGUAUGGACCAGGAAUCCAUUAUAAGACGACUGUGGCUCCCUUCGAGAACAUUGAAGUCUACAACCUCUUAUGUGAUUUGUUGGGUGUUCCUCCUGCUCCCAAUAAUGGCACCCAUGGCAGUUUAAACCAUCUGCUGAAGAACCCACCCCAUCAGCCGGUGUACCCUGCAGAACGCUCGGCUCCAUCCGUGUGUGUUAGCGUGACCCCAAUUGACCCCCGGGACUGCACUUGUGACUCCCUUACUGAGGUUGAGGUGAACCAACUGAACCAGCAUCUCAUAAACUCAAAUUCAAACAGCAACAUCAAGCCUCUUCAUCUGCCUUACGGAAUCCCGCGUGUCCUUCAGGAGCAGUCUGAUUACUGUGUACUCCAGCAAAGUGCGUACAUCAGCGGAUACAGCAGAAACAUCCUGAUGCCCCUCUGGGUUUCAUACUCUUUGAAUGCAACGGUUAGCAUCCAUCCCUCAGCAGACACGUGUGUGCGUGCUGAUGUGCGUGUGCAGGCCGGUUCGAGACAGUCCUGCUCAUUAUAUAAGAACAAUUCAACUCUGACCUUUGGCCUUCUGCAUCCACCCAACUUCAGCCCUACAGGAACUGAGCCAGACUCCUUAAUUACAAGCAACAUGGUGCCCAUGUUUCCAGCUUUCAAAGAUAUUUGGAAUCACUUCCACAAUGUUCUGCUGGUGAAGUAUUCACAAGAGCUGAAUGGUGUAAACGUUGUGAGCGGACCAAUAUUCGAUAACGACUUUGAUGGGAAUUAUGACUUCUUGAACAAGAGAUCCCCGAAUGGGCCGCCCAUCCCUACACAUUUCUUUGUGAUUCUUACAAGUUGUAAGAACUCGUCCCUUCCUAUGCGACAGUGUGAUGGCCCUCUAGAUGCUGUGUCUUUCAUUCUUCCUCAUCGACCUGAUCGUCUGGAAACAUGUCAUAAUGGCACAGACUACUCAUGGCUACAGGACUGGGUUCAGCUUCAUGUGGCGCGAAUCAGAGACAUUGAGCUUCUGACAGGCUUGAGCUUUUAUCAUGACCGGAUAUCUGUUGCUGAAACGUUACAACUCAAGACCACACUCAAAACGUUUUAGGAACCUCAUUUUGCUGCAUCUGCAGGCCACAUUCAGAAUGGAUUUUUUCAACAUUAAAAUGCAGCUGAGCUUUACCAGACUCUGAAACAAACACACAAGUUCAUCCAGAGAGUCUUUCAACUCCUAAAAUGAAAAAACAAAACCCUUUAUGAUCUCUGCUGUAAUGAAAUCUUUAUUCUCAGAGGCGAUCUAUUUAUAUAAUUGGAGAAGAGCUGACUGUACUAGAAACUGCCCAGCAAUCUUAGAGUAACUAAAAUUCUGUUUUUCAAAAAAAAAAAAAAAAGGACACAUAUGUUAGUGAUUUGUGGUUAGAGUUGAUUCUGCAUUCAGCCAGUUCAAAAAAGAAAAAGUACCUAAAAAAAAGAAACCGUAUCAAGAGGUUUGGAAAGCCAAACAGGAAUCACUCUCAAAGUGUCACUUGCUAUACAUUGUUUUAUUAAAUUGUUCUACAACAAAUGAAGCAAAUGCUCUUUCCAGCAGUUUGUAACAUGUCCAAGCUGAUUCAAGAUUUAAUUACUCUAGUAUAAUAGUGGAUUUUACUCCUCCUUCAGGUCAGAAUGCAUAAUUACAUCGACAAAAGAAGCAAAAUGUAUGUCACUGUGUAUUAUUUUCUGAUGAUUUAAUUGAUUCACUCUCUCAGGUCAGUUUUGAUAUUAAUAAAUCUGCAUCAACAUUCUUAUUACAUUUGUAUGGUACUUUUGUUAUUCAAGGUUUAUGAUGUGUAAGCAGCGAUUAGCAUGUUACAUGUCUCAUUUGGUGUAUAAUGAUUAAAUAUUUAAUAUUUGUGUA